UACCGCGUGCAGCCGCCGCCCGCGGGCAGGCAGUCAGGAUGAGGACGCGGUGGGCGACGCCUCGCGGCGCGGCUCGGUUCGUGCUACUGCCGCUGCUCUGCUGUUUGGGGUUUGCCGAGCCUCUGGGCCGCUCAGGCCAUGAUCCAUUCACCAUCGUCAAUGAAAAUACAGGCAAGUGCAUCAAGCCACUGUAUGACUGGAUAGUAGCAACAAACUGUGAUGGAAGUAGAGACACAUUAUGGAAGUGGGUGUCACAGCAUCGGCUCUUCCAUUUGGAAUCCCAGAAGUGCCUUGGCCUAGAUCUUUCCAAAUCCAAGGAUUCCUUAGGGAUGUUCAGCUGUGAUUCCAGCACCACGCUGUGGUGGAAGUGUGACCACCAGUCUCUCUACAGUGCUGCGCAGUACAGGCUGGCUCUGCAGGGUGGAUAUGCUGUAGCCAACACAAAUACAUCGGAUGCCUGGAGGAAGGGAGAUUCCAAGGAGAGCCUCUGUGACCAGCCUUACCAUGAAAUAUAUACCAGAGAUGGGAACUCCUAUGGGAGACCUUGUGAAUUUCCAUUCUUAAUGGAUGGAAUAUGGUAUCAUGACUGUGUCCUUGAUGAAGAUCACAGUGGGCCAUGGUGUGCCACCACCUUCAAUUAUGCAUAUGAUCAAAAGUGGGGCAUCUGCUUAAAACCAGAAAAUGGCUGUGAAGGUAAUUGGGAAAAGAAUGAGCAGAUUGGAAGUUGUUAUCAAUUUAAUACUCAGACAGCUCUUUCCUGGAAAGAAGCUUAUGUUUCAUGUCAGAAUCAAGGAGCUGAUCUACUGAGCAUCAACAGUGCUGCUGAAUUAACUUACCUCACAGGAAAAGAAGACAUUGCUAGAAUCGUCUGGCUUGGAUUAAAUCAGUUGUACUCUACUAGAGGCUGGGAAUGGUCAGACCACAGGCCACUGAACUUUCUCAACUGGAAUCUAGAUAUGCCCAGCAAAUCUGUGAUUGGUGGGUCAAGUUGUGCAGGAAUGGAUGCUGAGUCUGGGCUAUGGAAGAGCAUUUCCUGUGAAGCUCAACUGCCCUAUGUCUGCAAAAAACCACUAAACGCUACGGUGGAGCUCACAGAUAUUUGGACAUAUUCAGAUACCCGCUGCGAUGCAGGCUGGCUGCCAAAUAAUGGGUUUUGCUAUCUGCUGGCAAAGGAAAGCAUCUCCUGGGAUGAGGCACAUAUGAAAUGCAAAGCCUUCCAUGGUGACCUAAUCAGCAUUCAUUCCUUAGCAGAUGUGGAGGUGGUUGUCACAAAACUUCAUAGUGGGGAUGUCAAAGAAGAGAUAUGGACAGGCCUUAAGAACAUAAAUAUGCCAACUUUGUUCCAGUGGUCAGAUGAUUCUGAAGUUACUCUGACAUACUGGAAUGAGAAUGAGCCACAGGUUCCCUUCAACAAGACUCCCAACUGUGUUUCCUAUUUAGGAAAGCUAGGUCAGUGGAAAGUCCAGUCAUGUGAAGAGAAACUCAAAUAUGUUUGUAAAAAAAAAGGAGAAAAAAUGAAUGAUACCAGGUCUGACAAGAUGUGUCCUGCAGGUGAGGGCUGGAAGAGACAUGGAGAAUCCUGUUACAAGAUAUACAUGGAUGAGGUCCCUUUUGGAACAAAUUGCAAUCUGACUAUCACCAGCAGAUUUGAGCAAGAAUAUCUGAAUGAUAUGAUGAAAAAGUAUGCUAAAUCUCUUAGUAAAUAUUUCUGGACUGGCCUGAGAGAUGUAGAUUCCCGUGGAGAGUAUAGUUGGGCAACUGUUGGUGGAAUAAAACAGGCUAUAACCUUUUCCAACUGGAAUUUUCUUGAGCCAGCAUCUCCGGGUGGGUGUGUGGCUAUGUCUACUGGAAAGUCUCUAGGCAAAUGGGAGGUAAAGGACUGCAGAAACUUCAGAGCACUCUCAAUUUGCAAGAAAAUAAGUGCACCCUUGGAGCCUGAGGAACCAGCCCCCAAGCCUGAUGACCCCUGUCCUGAAGGCUGGCAGAGUUUCCCCACCAGUCUUUCUUGUUACAAGGUAUUCCAUAUAGAAAGAAUUGUGAGAAAGAGGAGCUGGGAAGAGGCUGAAAGAUUCUGCCAAGCGCUCGGAGCACACCUACCAAGCUUCAGUCAUACAAAUGAAAUAAAAGAAUUUCUUCACUUAUUACGCGAACAGUUCAGUGACCAGCGUUGGCUGUGGGUAGGUUUGAAUAAAAGAAGCCCAGAUUUGCAAGGAUCCUGGGAAUGGAGUGAUCAUACACCAGUAUCUACUGUUACCAUAGAAAAUGAGUUUCAGCAGGAUUACGACAUCAGAGACUGUGCUGCAGUGAAGGUAACACCUAGGCCAUGGCGAAGAGGCUGGCAUUUUCACAGUGACAGGGAAGUUAUCUAUUUGUGGCCCUUUGCUUGUGAUACAAAACUGGAAUGGGUAUGCCAGAUUCCAAAAGGCAGCACUCCUAAAACACCAGAAUGGUAUAAUCCAGAGCGUGCUGGAAUUCAUGGGCCUCCCAUUAUAAUUGAAGGAAGUGAAUACUGGUUUGUUGCUGAUCCUCACUUAAACUAUGAAGAAGCCGUCCUAUAUUGUGCCAGCAAUUACAGCUUUCUUGCUACUAUAACAUCGUUUACGGGACUAAAAGCCAUCAAAAACAAAAUAGCUAAUAUAUCUGGUGCUGAGCAGAAGUGGUGGGUGAAAACUAAUGAUCAACCAAUAGAUCGAUUCUUCAUGUACGCACAGCAUCCAUGGCACCGCUUUCCUGUGACCUUGGGGGAGGAAUGCCUGCACAUGUCUGCCAAAACUUGGUUCAUGGAUUUAAAUAAACCAGCAGACUGUAGUACCAAGUUGCCCUUUGUGUGUGAAAAGUACAAUGUAUCUUCAUUAGAGAAAUACAGUUCAGAUUCUGCAGCUAAAGUACAGUGUUCUGGAAGCUGGAUUCCUUUUCAGAAUAAGUGUUUUUUAAAGAUCAGCGCCAAGUCUCUUACAUUUUCUCAAGCGAGCACCCUCUGCCACUCCUAUGGUGGUACUCUUCCAUCAGUGUUGAGCCAGAGUGAACAAGACUUUAUUACAUCCUUGCUCCCGGAGAUGGAAGCUAACUUAUGGAUUGGUCUGCGCUGGACUGCCUAUGAAAGAAUAAACAAAUGGACAGAUAACAGAGCACUAACAUACAGCAACUUUCACCCACUGCUGGUUGGUCGGAGGCUAAAUAUACCAACAAAUUUCUUUGAGGAAGAGUCCCUCUACCACUGUGCUCUGCUGCUCAACCUUCACAAGUCACCUUUCACCGGGACUUGGAAUUUCACUUCCUGCGCUGAAAGCCACUUUGUGUCUCUCUGUCAGAAAUACUCAGAUUUUGAAGAUAGACAGCUCUUGCAGAAUGUUUCAGAAACUGUAAAGUAUCAAAAUAACCUGUACAAAAUAAUCCCAAAGACAUUCAGUUGGCAUGAGGCUCUACAGGAGUGUGAGAGAGAGCGCAUGCACCUCGUGAGCAUCACAGACCCUUACCAACAGGCCUUCCUCUCCGUGCAGGCCGCCCGGCGGAACUACUCCCUUUGGAUCGGCCUCUCCAGUCAAGAUGAUGAGCUCAGCUUCAGUUGGUCAGAUGGGAAGCAUCUUCAUUUUAGUCGCUGGGCUGAAAACAACCAGCAACUUGAAGACUGUGUAAUAUUAGACACGGAUGGAUUCUGGAAAACAGCUGAUUGCAAUGAUAACCAAUCAGGGGCUAUUUGCUACUACCCAGGAAAUGAGACUGAAAAAGAGAUCAAACCAGUUAAGAGUGUCAAAUGUCCAUCUCCUGUUCUAAACACCCCAUGGAUAGCAUUUCAGAACUCCUGCUACAUUUUCAUGAUAACAAAGAAUAGACAUACAGUAGCAACCCAAGACGAAGUCCACUCUAAAUGCCAGGAACUAAAUUCAAAAGCACAUAUUCUGAGUAUUCGAGAUGAAAAGGAAAAUGACUUUGUUCUUGAGCAGCUUCUAUACUUCAGUUACAUGGCUUCUUGGGUCAUGCUAGGAAUAACUUAUGAAAAUAGCUCUCUGAUGUGGCUUGAUAAGACUUCACUGUCCUAUACACACUGGAGAGCAGGAAGACCAACAGUAAAAAAUGGGAAGUUUUUGGCUGGCUUGAGUACUGAUGGUUUCUGGGAUAUCCAACCGUUUAAUGUUAUUGAAGAAACACUUUAUUUUCAUCAGCACAGCAUUAUUUCCUGUAAAAUCGAAAUGGUUGACUAUAAGGAAGAAUAUAAUACCACACUGCCACAGCUUAUUCCAUAUAAAGAUGGCAUUUAUAAUGUUAUUCAGAAAAAAGUUACAUGGUAUGAAGCAUUAAACCUGUGUUCUCAAAGUGGAGGACAUCUGGCCAGUGUUCAUGACCUACAAGACCAGCUCUUUCUGGAAGAUAUCGUAAAACGUGAUGGAUUCCCACUAUGGGUUGGCCUCUCGAGUCAUGAUGGAAGAGAAUUAAGUUUUGAAUGGUCUGAUGGCAGUGCUCUUGACUAUAUUCCAUGGAAAAACCAAACAUCUCCUGGAAAUUGUGUAUUCUUGGAUCCAAAGGGGCUUUGGCAGCAUGAAAAAUGUCACUCAGAUAAGGAUGGUGCUAUUUGUUACAAACCUACAAAAUCUAAAGCACUAUCCCCUCUUACAUACUCGUUAAGAUGUCCAGAGGCAAAAGACAACAGGUCACAGUGGAUCCAGUAUGCUGAUCACUGCUACGUAGCUGACCAGGCAUUGCACAGUUUUUCAGAGGCCAAAGAGUUAUGUCUACAACUUGAUCAUUCUGCCACUAUUGUCACCAUAGAGAAUGAAAAUGAGAAUAAAUUCGUGAGCAGACUGAUGAGGGAAAAUAAUAAUAUUACCAUGAGAGUUUGGCUUGGAUUAUUACAACACUCUGGUGAUCAGUCUUGGAGUUGGCUAGAUGGAACAGAAGCAACAUUUGUCAAAUGGGAAAAUAAAAGUAAAAAUGUUGAUGGGAAAUGUAGCAUUUUAUUAGCUUCAAAUGAAAGUUGGAGAAAAGUUGAAUGUUUACAUGGCUACAGUAGAGUCCUCUGCAAAGCUCCUCUGGGCCCUGAUUAUAGAGGAAUGGUCAUCACGUUUGUGGUAUUGAGCAUCUUAGCAUUCAUCACUGGGCUGAUCUGGUUCCUGUGCCAGAAAAACCGGCUCCAUUUGGCAAGUUUCUCAUCUGUGCGGUAUGAACAAGGGAUAAAUGAGGAUGAAAUCAUGCUCCCUUCUUUCUACGAGUAAAUUCUUGCACUACUGUGUUAGAAAAAUGAGCCACUUAAAAGUUUCCUUAUGUCAGUAUCUGUUCUGUUCCAAGGUAGAAGCCUCAAGUACCUGGUCAGUUGUUUAGUUGCUUAUGCUGAUACACACAAUUAAUUCUCCACUAAAUGUCAUGUUUAUAAUUGCACUCAAGAGAAUGGAGAGGACUCAGCUACAAUUGAAGUCACAUUGUAGGAUAAUAUGUCAAACUUAUGUGAAUUUUCUCUACAAGAAUGUGAUUUGGAUCUACAGUAAAAAUAUAUUUAUUGACAUUUUAACACAA